UAGAACAGACUUAAUACUAUUCGCACAGUUGAUAAAGUGCUCUUGGUUAUAUAUAUUCUUCUAAUUGCAGUUAUUUCAACAUGUUGAAGCUCAUGCCAGGAAAACUAGCAUUUGUUACUGGUGCUGGAAGUGGCAUAGGAAGAGAGGUGUGUCGAGUUUUCGCUCGAGAAGGUGCUACUGUUAUAGCAACUGAUCUAAAUGUCAAAACUGCUGAGGAAACUGUAGCUACUUUGGAAGGUGCUGGUCAUGCUGCAUUAAAUAUUGACGUUGCUGAUCGAAACAGUGUUGAAACAGCAUUUAAACACGUGUUAGAGCAAUUUUCAAAACCGCCUACCAUCAUUGUUAAUUCAGCAGGCAUUGCACGGGUUCACUUUUUAGUAAAACUGACUGACAAUAACUUUGAUGAUGUAAUCAAUGUCAAUUUAAAAGGCACUUUUCUAGUUAUGCAAACUGCUGUCAAAGCAAUGAUAGAAGCAAGUGCAACCAAAGAUUCCUCGAUUAUCAAUAUCAGUUCAAUUUUCGCUAAACGUGAGAAUAUUGGACAUAGCAACUAUUGUGCAUCAAAGGCUGGAGUGGUUGCUAUGACAAAGACUGCUUCCAUGGAGUUUGGACAGUUUGGGAUUCGGGUGAAUUCAGUACUGCCUGGUUUUAUAGACACUCCUAUGACUGCAACUGUUCCUGACAAACUUAAAGAAUUAUUUAUAAAAAAUAUACCGUUGCAAAGAUGUGGAAAACCGCAAGAAGUGGCAGAAGUUAUUGCAUUUUUAGCUUCUGAUAAGAGUUCUUAUGUAAAUGGAGCGUCUAUUGAAGUUACAGGGGGAAUAUGUUAAAUUUUAUGGUUUAUUAUGAACUCGGUAUUUAAUACAAUAAUGUGACUCAGGAGUAUGAGAAAGACAUAAAAUGUUGGUGAAUAUCACAUAUUCAGAUAAUCAUGCGAAAUGACUUAAGGUAUGUUAUUUUUUCUUAAGUUUGAUUGGUUUAUUAAAUGAACAUUUUUAAAACUGAUUCUUAAAAGCAUUCUGUUAAGAAAAUAUCAAUUAAGCGUAUGUAACACCUUAUAUCUUGAAACUUCCUCUAUUUGAUAGAAAACUUUUGUUAUCAGAAGUUAUGUAAAUACCGUUUGUGCUCAUCGUAUAUACUGUAUGUCAUAUUUUAUUGCAAUAUUGAAAGUAUACAU